AUGUUCUCGGGGGAUGGUAUGGACUUUGGUUGCAACCGAACAGGCCAGGACGAGUACAGUGAGGCUGAUAAUGUGAUGGUAGUCGUGCAUAGAGCCGGCAACUGCUCCUUUGCUGAUAAGGCCUUAAACGCUCAGUUGAGGGGAGCGAGUGGUAUCUUGGUCAUCGAUAAGGUCGACUCUGGGCAUAAGAAGAAUCUAGUGAUGACAUGUGUCACCACUGUAGAGAUGAGACAAUUGAAGCCCCAUGAACAGAAGCUUUUGCGGAAGGUCAACCUGUACCAGUGGAAACGGGACGACAACAACGUUCGGGAGGCGAAGAUUAUCCGGAAGUAUGGUAUCCAGGACAGAGAGGACUACACUAGGUAUAAUAAAGUGUCGGGUUUGGUGACGAAAGUAGUAGCGCAGUUGAGGAAGCUGCCCGCUAGCGAUGAAGAGCGUAUCAAAAUGACUGAGGUUCUCCUCGACAAAUUGUACACUAUGGGAGUCAUUGCUACUGCAUCAUCACUGGACAAGUGCGUGGAGCUCUCGGCCUCAUCCUUUGCUAGGAGGAGACUUUCAGUGGUUGUAACUCGAAACCACUUCACUGAGCAGGUUUCCCAAGCUAAUCGAUAUAUAGAGCAGGGCCAUAUUUCCAUCGGUCCUGAUGUUGUUACUGAUCCGGCCAUGCACGUCACGAGGGAGAUGGAAGACUGUCUGCAAUGGAGUCAGGGCUCUAAGGUCAAGCGUAACGUUAUGGAGUUCAACGAGGAACUAGAUGACUUUGAGCUUAUGGGCUGA